AUGGUGGGAGGGCAAGCCCCAGCAGUCCUCCUCCCAACUGCGAUCUCCAGUGCUGCUGCAGCACAAUGGGCAGAAAUCUGCUCGGGUCAACCUGCAAACAAAAUCAGAGGCUGCGACGCCCAGGGCUGCGGUGGAUGCAACGACCCCAGAGGAGGAGGGAGGAAGCACAGGGGGGUGGAUGUGGUGUGCGAGGAUGGCUCGGUGGUGUCCACACCCUUCGCAGGGAGGAUCCACAAACGAGCCAGGUCCUAUGGAAAUGGCAGUGCCAUCGGCAGUGGAGUCCAGCUUUCAGGAUCAGGAUUCUGCAUUAAGAUGCUUUACAUCAAACCCGUCAAGUACAGCGGCCCCAUCAAGAAAGGAGAGAAAAUCAGUGUCCUGCUGCCCAUGCAAAGGGUCUACCAAGGAAUUACGUCCCAUGUCCAUAUCCAGAACUGUGACUUAACAGAUCCUACUUCCAAUCUGUAAACGGGCAGCUGCAGAUCAGGGGCAAGGCCUCCAGCCCCUCACUUGUGUAUUCAAUAAAUUGCUUGCGCAUA